AUGCACCCAGCAGAGAUCCGACAGCUUGUACUAGUGAGGAUGAGGAUGCUCUGCCUGAGCCGCUGGUCCUGUGCCAAGAUACUUCAAAGCCUUAUUAAGAACGUCGGGAUCCCCAUGAAGCCCUACUAUACCCAAGUUUACCAGAUGUGGGUAGGAAUGGGGUUGGUGGGCUUCAUCGCUUAUAAAAUCAGGAGUGCUGAUAAAAGAAGUAAAGCCUUGGAAGCUUCCAGUUGUACACCUGCUCACGGUUAUCACUAA